AGCUGCGGCAGCAGCGCCAUGUGCCAGCGCCGCCGCGAGGGACCGGGGAGCUGGUCCAGAUCCGAGCGGAGCCGGGGGCUGCUGCCACCCCCCGCGGGGGCUGUGAGCACCCCGGCAGGGGAUCGCCCCAGAGAUAAGGGCUUGGGGCUUUGCAGGUGCAUGAGCGAGAGCAGCUCUUGCUAGGAUGUGGGGUGAGGGCUGUCCCUAUCAGCAAAGCUCUUGCCAGGCUGCAGCAGCAGAGCAGGAGGCUCGGGGGAUACAGGAAGGGCCCCCCCAGCGCAGGUGUCGUGGGGGAGCUGCCUCCCCCCAGAGACAUCCGGGUGGCAGCCCAGUGUGGGGAGGUGUGUGACGCCAGAAGCGGAGCCGAGGCUCAUAUUUGGGCACGGAGCAGGUUAUUGGAGGCUGCGGCCCCAGAGGCGGCAGAGGAGGCACCUGAUAAAGGCUGCCCGGCUGCUGCUGCUGCUGCUGCGUGCAUUGGCUCGGGCGCUGGCGAGAGGUGGCCUGGCUGCGCUGGCUCGGGGCCGCUGCCAUGGGGCCGCUGCUGGCGCUGGGGCUGCUGGUGUGCGUGCAGCUGAGUGCGGGCUCCGGGGAGCUGCGUCUGGUGGGCGGCGGCGGGCGCUGUGCCGGGAGAGUGGAGGUGAAGCACGACGGUGAGUGGGGCUCCGUGUGCGUCUUCGACUUCGACUGGGAAGCCCGCUGGGCCAGCGUGGUGUGCCGGCAGCUGGGCUGUGGCCGGGUGGCCAGGGCGUCCCCGCACGCCCCGUUCGGGCAGGGCACCGGGCGGAUCUGGCUGCAGCCCUUCUUCUGCCGCGGCACCGAGAAUGCACUGGAGGACUGUUCGCCCUUCGGAUGGGGGCAGCACUUCUGCGGCCACGAGAAAGAUGUAGGGGUGACGUGCACAGAUGCCGUGGAGCUGAGGCUGGCGGGCGGCGGCAGUCCGUGUGCCGGGAGAGUGGAGGUGAAGCUGCAGGGACACUGGGGCUCGGUGGGAGACGACAUCUGGGACGUGGAGGAUGCUGAGGUGGUUUGUCAGCAGCUGGGCUGUGGCUCGGCUGCCGGUGCCUACUACGCCCGCGAGCGCUUCGGCGAAGGGGACGGGCCCGUCAGUCUGGCCUUGGUGGACUGCAAAGGGUCCGAGGCCACUCUCUGGGACUGCGAGAUCCGUGGCUGGGGACCCUACGGCAGCAUCCAUGACUGGGACGCUGCUGUUGUGUGUCAAGGAUUUUCCCGGCUGGUCGGAGGUCCCGGAGCCUGUGCCGGGCAGCUGGAGGUGCGGCAGGGCCGGGCCUGGGUUGGUGUGUGUGAGGAUCAGGUGGACAUGAAGGCGGCCCAGGUGGUGUGCAGGGAGCUGGGCUGCGGGGAGCCGCUCGCCAUGGCCGGCAGUGGCCGGUUUGGGGCGGCAUCGGCAUCGCUCUGGGACGGCGGCUUCCAGUGCAAUGGCACCGAGCCCCUCCUCAGUGCCUGUGCCCGGCGUCCGGCCCCGAGCCAGGGCUGCAGCGGCCGUGCCAGCAUCAUCUGCUCCCCCUACACGGGCUUCCGCCUGGGGAACGGCAGCUCGGGAUGCUCCGGCCGAGUGGAGGUGGCCGUGAGGGGGACGUGGGGGUCCGUGUGCGCCAGCGAGUGGGACCUGCCCGACGCGCACGUCCUGUGCCGCCACCUGGGCUGCGGCCGCGCCCUCUCGGUGCCCCCGGGAGGCUCCUUCGGCAGCGGGGAGGGGCCGCUGCGGCCGGACACCUUCGGCUGCAGUGGGAGCGAGCGGCAUCCGGGCCAGUGCCCCGUGACCGUGCUGGGGAAGGCUCCGUGUGCCCCCGGGAACGCCGCUGCUGUCAACUGCUCAGGCAUUGUCGAGUCUCUGCGACUGAUGGAGGGUGAGACCCGGUGCGAUGGGUGGCUGGAGUUGGCCCUAAGGGGGAAGUGGCGCCGUGUGCCAGGAGAGCUUUUGCUCAUACGGAAUUUCAGCAAGGUGUGCAGGGAGUUGGGCUGUGGAGAACUGGAGAAGAGUGAUAGUGUUGCUGGACCGGUUUCCGUGGAAGCCAGCAAAAAGAAAGAGAAGGCCAUCAUGGAACGUGUGAUCCAAACUAUCAAGGAGAUGACUCCUGUGUUGACCGGGAGUUCCAAAGUUCUGCAGGACAAUUUAUUUUAUUAUGAACGUUCAAGUUAUUCAUUACGGAGAAUAACCACUGGACCAGCUGAUAUCCCUCAUGGAGCGAAUCUUGUCUGCUCAGGCAGCCGGCGGGUGAGGCUGGUGGGGAGCUCAGGGCGCUGUGCCGGGCGCGUGGAGGUCUAUUCCGGUGGCAGCUGGAGCAGCGUGUGCCAGGAAGGCUGGGACCUGCAGGACGCUGCCGUUGUGUGCCGGGAGCUGGGCUGUGGCAGGGCCCUGGAGGCCCCGAGCUCGGCGCGCUUCGGUGGCGGCACAGGGCCGCUGUGGCCGUACAUGGCCGAGUGCUCCGGGAGCGAGGAGUCUCUCUGGGAAUGCGGGCGCUCGGAAGAGCGCGAGUGUGGGCGCGGCGUCGGGGCAGGGGCCGUGUGCUCAGAGCAGAUCUCCGUGCGGCUGGCAGGCGGCCGUGGGCGCUGCCGUGGCUCCCUGGAGGUGUCCUAUAACGGCACCUGGGGCCGCGUGUGCUCCAACGGCACCAGCACCGGCACCGCCGGCACCGUGUGCCGCCAGCUGGGCUGUGGGGAGCGGGGCUGGCUGUCGGCCGACACUGCCCAGCAGCCGUCCCGUGCCUGGCUGGCCUGGGUGGGCUGCGAGGACGGGGCUCACUCACUCUGGGAGUGCCCCUCGGCUCCCUGGCACCUGCAGAGCUGCGGCAUUGGCGGGCAGGUCCACGUGGAAUGUGAGGAGGACAGGGAUGGCAGCACUGGGACAGACACUACCCCACAUCCGGAGGGUGCCACCAGCACAGGUGUUCCCAGGAGAAGCACUCGAGUACCGGCCGUGGGGACGGUGCCUGUGUCAACUGUGCUGUGCGUGGUGCUGGGGACGCUGCUGUGCCUGGCCCUGGGUGCCCUGGCCGUGCUGCUGUGCCGUGCCCGUGCCUGGCGCAGAGGCCGUGGCAGAGCUGCAGAUGCCAUCUCCAAUGGUGUCUACGAGGAGCUGGACUACACGGCCAUGCCGGAGUACCAGGAGGUGCCCAGUCGCCCAGGUUCCGUGCAGGAGGGAUGGAUCAAGAAGCUGCCGUAUUCCAGCAGGGACAUCCUGGAGAGCAGUGACACCGAGGCAGCCCCAGGAUUUUCUCGGCUGGUCGGAGGGGCUGGAGCCUGUGCCGGGCAGCUGGAGGUGCGGCAGCGACAGGCCUGGGUUGGUGUGUGUGAGGAUCGAGUGGACAUGAAGGCGGCCCAGGUGGUGUGCAGGGAGCUGGGCUGCGGGGAGCCGCUCGCCUUGGCCGGCAGUGGCCGGUUUGGGGCGGCAUCGGCAUCGCUCUGGGACGGCGGCUUCCAGUGCAAUGGCACCGAGCCCCUCCUCAGUGCCUGUGCCCGGCGUCCGGCCCCGAGCCAGGGCUGCAGCGGCCGUGCCAGCAUCAUCUGCUCCCCCUACACGGGCUUCCGGCUGGAGAACGGCAGCUCGCGAUGCUCCGGCCGAGUGGAGGUGGCCGUGAGGGGGACGUGGGGGUCCGUGUGCGCCAGCGAGUGGGAGCUGCCCGACGCGCACGUCCUGUGCCGCCACCUGGGCUGCGGCCGCGCCCUCUCGGUGCCCCCGGGAGGCUCCUUCGGCAGCGGGGAGGGGCCGCUGCGGCCGGACACCUUCGGCUGCAGUGGGAGCGAGCGGCACCCGGGCCAGUGCCCCGUGACCGUGCUGGGGAAGGCUCCGUGUGCCCCCGGGAACGCCGCUGCUGUCAACUGCUCAGGCCGCCUGCGGCUGGUGGAGGGUGAGACCCGGUGCGAUGGGUGGCUGGAGGUACCCACAAGCACCGGGGAAUGGCGCCGUGUGCCGGGAGAGCUUUUGCUCAUACGGAAUUUCAGCAGUGUGUGUCGAGAGCUGGGCUGUGGAGAACUGGAGAAGAGUGAUGGUGUCCCUGGUACGUUUUUCGUGGAUGAAGUGAACGAGACGGAGUCGGACAUCGUGUAUAGUGUGAUCACAACCAUCAAGGGCAUGACUAAUAAUCUGACCCAUGGGGGAAAUUCCCGCUAUGAGUCUUAUCCAUCGCUCAUGACGACUGCACCAGCUGGCUUCCCUCACGGGGUGUCCAUCGUCUGCUCAGGCAGCCGGCGGGUGAGGCUGGUGGGGAGCUCAGGGCGCUGUGCCGGGCGCGUGGAGGUCUAUUCCGGUGGCAGCUGGAGCAGCGUGUGCCAGGAAGGCUGGGACCUGCAGGACGCUGCCGUUGUGUGCCGGGAGCUGGGCUGUGGCAGGGCCCUGGAGGCCCCGAGCUCGGCGCGCUUCGGUGGCGGCACGGGGCCGCUGUGGCCGUACAUGGCCGAGUGCUCCGGGAGCGAGGAGUCUCUCUGGGAAUGCGGGCGCUCGGAAGAGCGCGAGUGCGGGCGCGGCGUCGGGGCUGGGGCCGUGUGCUCAGGUCAGUGGCGGGCAGCCCCAGAGCAGGGUCCGGCAGAGGCCGCGGGGGGUUGGUGGCCGUGCCGUGACCCCGCUGCCCCCCUUGCAGAGCAGAUCUCCGUGCGGCUGGCAGGCGGCCGUGGGCGCUGCCGUGGCUCCCUGGAGGUGUCCUAUAACGGCACCUGGGGCCGCGUGUGCUCCAACGGCACCAGCACCGGCACCGCCGGCACCGUGUGCCGCCAGCUGGGCUGUGGGGAGCGGGGCUGGCUGUCGGCCGACACUGCCCAGCAGCCGUCCCGUGCCUGGCUGGCCUGGGUGGGCUGCGAGGACGGGACCAACUCACUCUGGGAGUGCCCCUCGGCUCCCUGGCACCUGCAGAGCUGCGGCCUUGGCGGGCACGUCCACGUGGAAUGUGAGGAGGACAGGGAUGGCAGCACUGGGACAGACACUACCCCACAUCCGGAGGGUGCCACCAGCACAGGUGUUCCCAGGAGAAGCACUCGAGUACCGGCCGUGGGGACGGUGCCUGUGUCAACUGUGCUGUGCGUGGUGCUGGGGACGCUGCUGUGCCUGGCCCUGGGUGCCCUGGCCGUGCUGCUGUGCCGUGCCCGUGCCUGGCGCAGAGGCCGUGGCAGAGCUGCAGAUGCCAUCUCCAAUGGUGUCUAUGAGGAGCUGGACUACACGGCCAUGCCGGAGUACCAGGAGGUGCCCAGUCGCCCAGGUUCCCUGUCGGAGGGAUGGAUCAAGAAGCUGCCGUAUUCCAGCAGGGACAUCCUGGAGAGGAGUGACACCGAGGCAGCCCCAGACCCCCCUGCCUGGCCCGAGCAAGGAAUCUCGGAUGGCUACGACGAUGUCCUGGAUGUACCACAGAAGGCUCCUGGUCCCAGCGAUGGGGACAUGUUCAAGGGAGUGGCAGAGCAGAGGUGGAUCCGUGUCCUCCCCACAGGUGGAAUCUCCUCCCCUCCAAAUGUCCCAGGAGCCACCAUGGACCCCUCGGAGCAUCCCCCGGGGCGCACGGACUAUGAUGAUGUUGGCAGCAGCGCCCUGGAGACGGAGCCAUGAGGAUUCCCUACCAAUGCCCCAUCACUGGGGACACGUGUGUGGCAGUGAGGCCGGGCCCUGUCCCCAGGGACGGGUGCUCCUGCCCUGAAACAUGAUUCCUCCAUGUCCAGUGCUACAGGAAAACAGCUCCUUUGUAGGGAUUUUCUUUGAGUUCAAUGUAAAUUUCAAUUUUCUUGCCUAUUAAAACCCAAAGUCGUCAGAGACUCACUUUGGUGCAGCCGUCCCCA